AUGUUAAAUGAUUCUGACGAUCAUAAUAUUCUUAUCCAAGCUGGAGAAAAUGCUAACAUAAAAGAAUUUCGAGCGCACACGAAUAUCUUGAGGGCUCGUUCGCCUUAUUUCAAAACCGCACUUUCGGCUAAAUGGGUAACUAAAAAGAACAAUAUGUUUGAAUUUAAAAAACCGAAUGUUAAUCCUGUCGUUUUUGAUAUGAUUCUCAAUCGUGAUGGUAUGAAUGCGAUUAACAAUUAUAGUUCUGGCCAAAGAAGUGUCUUAGUUUUAGUCAAAGAUCAAUCUUCCAAAAUAUAUGGCGGGUAUAGUCCGAUAGGACUUAAUGUUUCUGGAAGUUAUGGUACUUGGCAAUAUACGUCAGAUAGUUUUAUUUUCUCUUGUGAAAAUGGAGAUUUCAAAAAUGUGAAAAUUAGCCGCGUAACAAAUUAUAGUUAUGCGAUAUAUGAUAAUUAUAAUAAUGGAUUUAAUUUUGGUAGUACUUUUUAUAUGAGUGGUCAAAAUGUAUAUUUACAAUAUCAAGGGUAUUAUGAUGCUAACGCUAUAAAUUCAAAUACGAAUACUAAUUUUGUUCCUAAGGAAAUUGAGCUUUUUAACGUUAUUUCUUCGUAA